AUGUGUGUGAGGCCUCACCGCAGAUCCUUCGCACUGCGGGAUCCUCGGGACACCGGCGGAGACUCCUGGGAGAUGGUGUUGUUUGACAGAGAAGCCGUGGAUGUUCUUUUCAUGAAGGGGCCGGGCGUCCAGUCUGCUGCCCCCCGUGCCCCUCUGCGGCAGCAGGCCCCGGGCGACGGGCACCGUGGGAGGCCCUCCCCUCGCUGCCCCGUGCUGCUGGACAGCUUGCCUUCAGAAAUCUUGCUGAAGAUCCUGUCCUACCUGGACGCGGCGACCCUGCUGUGCAUGGGAUGUGUGAACAGGCGCUUUUACCACCUGGCCAAUGACAAUUUUAUUUGGAUCAGGAUCUACUCAGCUGCCUUCUCCCCGAAGCGAUGUAACUGGAGAGCGGACUCGGCGGAGAAGGCGGCCGCGUCCGUGAGCUCCCUGUCCGUCGAGGACAAGGAGGCCGGGUUCUGGAAGAGGGAAUAUAUCGCAAAGCGCAUCGCCUCCGUGAAAGCCGCCCUCGCGCAGGUCCUCAAGCUGGUCAACCCCUACACGGGCCUCCCGGCGAAGACCAAGGAGGCCCUCAGAAUAUCGGGCCUCGGUUGGGUGAUCAUACUGAAGGGGAAAAGUGGGCAAGAACAGGUCCUGGAGCACGCUGCCCUUUUCGUGAACGACUCCUCGGUCACAGUCGUGUGGUACGGCAAAAACUGGCCCUGCCUGGCCACCCUGUCGACCUUAGACCUGUGCGGCGUGACCCCCGUCUUCACGGACCGGUCCAAACCUCCCGCCAGAAAUGGACCUCGAUGGCCUUCUCUAGUUGCAAAGUACAACCUGAGUAACUUAACCGACUCCACCUUGGUUGGCUGCGACAGAUUCGUGCGGAUCUUCCACCUCAACCCAGGCCUCCUGGUGGGGCUGUGGAAGAGGGCAGAAGAGCUGGCGUUUGUCAUGGCCAACCUGCACUUCCACCACCUCGUGGAGAGGAGCACGCUGGGCUCGGCCACCAUCCCCUACGAGCUGCCCCCUCACACCCCCCUUUUGGACGACAGCCCCGAGUAUGGGCUGCACGGCUACCAGCUGCACGUGGACAUGCACAGCAGCGGGACCUUCUACCUGUGCAGCACGUUCCGAAGCCUCUUCACCAAGGAAGGGUACAUUGAAAAUGGAUACGUGAAGCUCGUUGUGAUACAUUUUCAAAACAGCAACGAACAUCUGCCUCUUAUUGGGAAAGUCGGCCUGUCCUGGAGAACUGACAUUUUCGAUGGCUGCGUAAAGAGUUGUUCUGUAAUGGACGUAACUCUCUUGGAUGAAUAUGGGAAACCCUUUUGGUGUUUCAGCUCCCCGGUUUGCAUGCGAUCGUCUCCCAGCCCCUCUGACGGCCCUCAUUUCGUGGGGCCCACGUACUGUAUCGACUACGAGGACCCAGCAGGAAGGGUGCACGUGGAGCUGGUGUGGAUUGAGGAGACGGAAGAGUACUUCAUGGUCAGCCUGGUCCUCUACCUCAGCGUGGCAAAGAUAAACCGCUGGUUCGGGACACAGUACUAAAUACCGCAGUCGGUGGGCAGCUGUUGCCAUAUAUUUGUUUACUUUGGACUGACCAGAUUUAUUCUCGGUGUUGGAAGUAAAAAUAAAACAGUAGUCCUUUCGAUGCCUCCUUA